AUGGCUCCUCCGCCAGUAUAUAUCCUCUCCGCAGUCAGGACCCCCUUGGGCAUGUUUCAAGGCUCCCUGUCAAGCCAAACUGCAGUCCAGCUCGGCGCACAUGCGAUCAAGAGUGCUGUGUCAAGAGCCUCGAUCAAGCCAGAGGAGGUGCAGGAAGUCUACUUUGGCAAUGUUCUCUCUGCAAACCUCGGGCAGAACCCUGCGCGGCAAUGUACGAUUCAUGCGGGACUUCCUGAAUCCACUGUCGCCACCACUGUGAACAAGGUCUGCGCUUCCUCGGUCAAGGCCAUUGCCCUGGGAGCUAUGUCGAUCAUCACUGGGGAGAACGAGGUGGUGGUCGCUGGCGGCGCGGAGAGCAUGUCCAAUGCUCCUCAUUACCUACCCACUCUUCGUCUCGGCGCCAAGUUCGGCGAUCAGACACUUGUAGAUGCCGUUCUCAAGGACGGUCUAACAGACGCUUACAAGAAUGAGCACAUGGGUCUUCAAGGUGAGGAAUGCGCUGCAGACCACGGAUUUGGGCGAGAGGAGCAAGACGAGUACUGCAUCCGCUCGUACAAGAAGGCUCGUGCUGCAGACGCAAAUGGAUGGUUUGCAGAGGAGAUUGCACCCGUCACGAUCAAGGGCAGCCGCGGCAAGCCUGACACAAUUGUGGACAAGGACGACGAGCCCAAGAAAUUCAACGAGGAGGCUACACGGACGCUCCGACCAGCUUUCAAGAAGGAUGGCGGCACUGUCACAGCCGCGAAUGCCUCCCCACUUUCUGAUGGCGCUGCAGCGCUCGUUCUCGCCAGCGAGGACUACGUUCAGAAGCAUGGAUUGAAGCCUAUUGGAAGGAUUCUGGGCUGGGGAGACGCUGCGCAAAAUCCAUCCAAGUUCACCACGGCCCCUGCUCUUGCUGUUCCCAAAGCGCUGAAGCACGCAGGCAUCAAACAGGAGGAAGUCGAUGCAUUUGAAAUCAAUGAGGCUUUCUCCGUUGUCGCGCUGGCCAACAUGAAACUUUUGAAUGUGAGCGAGGACAAAGUCAACCUUCAUGGUGGUGCUGUCGCCUUAGGUCACCCGCUGGGAGCCAGUGGAGCUCGCAUCGUGACAACCUUGCUCGGUGUUCUCAAGCAGCAGAAUGGCAAGAUCGGCUGCGCGGGAAUUUGCAACGGAGGCGGAGGCGCAAGUGCUAUCAUCAUUGAGCGACUUUGA